GGAGGAGGAGGAGGAGGAGAUGGGUGGAUGUAACGGGUGGUUUUAUUUGCGCAACGCCAGCCCACUUGGAGUCAUUUUGGGGAAGAGGUCACUGUAGCUGUACUGUAUAUCAGUUUAUUGGAAAGAGGCAGAGCUCAUUCUAUUGCGGACAAUCACCACCAUGUGACUGUCGUUAACAGACUCGAACAGAAAAGAGGCGCAGAACCUGAUUCAUGCGUCUGGAUCAGCAGCAUCAGACGUGGAUUCCUCCUCCUCCUCCUCCUGCUCAUUCUCCUCCUGCUCCUUCUCCUCCUGCUGAGGUGGUGACACGGUUUUCUGGAAGUUACGCGUAAAACAAACCUCCCUGAGAUGUUUUGGUUCACGCAAGGUCUGUGCUUCCUGCCAGUGUUUCUGGUCGUCUGGUCUUCCUCCACCUUCAUCAUUUCCUAUCUGAUCGCGAUUUACAGGCGCGACGUCGAUUUAAUCUUCCCAUACAUCAGUGACACAGCUGCAAAACCCCCUGAGAGCUGCAUUUUUGGCCUGAUGACAUUCAUCUCUGCCUGUGCAGGAAUAUUCACCAUUUACGCCCGAUACAAGUUUGUGGAGAAGCUGGGUGAGGAAACAGGGGUGAAGAGGACAUGUCUCAAUAGAACUGCUCUGGUGGGGGGGCUGCUCUCCUGUCUGAGCAUGUGUAUUGUUGCCACCUUUCAGGAAAUAGCAGUGAGAGUAGUUCAUGACAUAGGAGCUAUACUGUUCUUCGUCUCUGGCGUCGUAUACAUAAUCCUCCAGUCGGUCAUUUCGUAUCAGACCCAUCCGUUUGGAUCCUCCUCCAGCCUGUAUCGAGUGCGUUCGGGCAUCGCCCUCCUUGCUGCGCUGGCGUUUUUCCCCGCUGUCAUCUGUGCAUAUUGGGUGAAGCAGAGCGAGCUGAUCAGAGACCCAGACGACAAGGACUAUCCUUUCUAUCUGGCCAGCGCUGUGUGUGAGUGGGUCGUCGCCUUCAGCUUCAUCCUCUUCUUCCUCACGUACAUCGACGAUUUCAAAGUUUUCACUUUACGUGUGAAAACAGAGCUGGAAAAGUCGUCUUGAUCUGCAGCUGAACGUCAGUAUUUUCACGGCUCUUUUUCUUUUUUUAUGCCUUUUUAUUUUUGUAAACAACAUCAUAUGAUGAGUUUAUUAGCAGAACAGGUUCUUUUUGACAUUUUUAUUAUUACAUUGUAAUAACUGGCUGUCAGAUUUGGGGUUUAAGGAAAAAAGAACUGACCACAGCCUGAUUCUUUAUACUAUUUAUACGACCUCAAAUCAUUUAAAAUAGUGUACUCAUGUGUUCACGCCGCCUGUGUUCACACGACCGUCACUUUGCACUUUGCACUCCUGACUCCUGCCACAUGAGCUGAACACUUCCUGUCGGACCUGUGACCACUAAUAUGAGAAGUUGUGGUCGUGCGGUGAUCACAUGACUGCUGCACAUGGGAUUUAAUCUCAAACCAAUGAAGUAUUGUUCUGUGGGAACAUUGUUUUGUGAGAAGAUUGGUGAAAUGCCAGACUGAUACUGUAUAUGUAUAUGGGGGUACUCUUUGUAUAUUGCACACCAGGAAACUGAUGUCAUUCAAAUUUUUUUUGUAUGCAUCACUGUACUGCCAAAGGGAGUAAAUCUAUUUCAGUGGAUGCUCCUCUUCAGAGUUUUGGUUGCAUGUACUGACUGUACACUGUGGUCAUAUAGUGCAGCUGUGGAUGUCACUGUGCCCGGUCGACAUCCGGUCAUCAUGCACUGAGAAUCAAGCUGCUUGAUAGAGGAGAAUUAGACCUUUGAGUUAAUUAGUUGCUCAAUGAAACUGCCAAAUUUCAUUCUUAUAAUAAACAGGAAGAGGUUUGUUCGAUGUGCUUUAACGCCGUCUCAGAGUAUGCGUAGCGCUUCCCUAAAUUCUUUCACUCAUGACUCUUUAGGACUAAAUGAAAGUAUUAAUUUCUUUCUCUUCUUUUGAAUCAAGCACUAGGAUUUAUCCACAAUAGAUUCACUUUUAACCACAUCAGAUACUGUAUUUACAUGGGAAAAGUUUGUUUUGUUUGUUCAAUUACUUUUGUAUUUUUGCUUGUGACAUAAUAUACUGCACUUAUCAUAAUAUCCUGCUGAGCUUAAUGAAAAGAUAAUGUGAUAGUAUGAAGAAGAAGGAUGCACUUUCUAAAGCAAAUUGUAUGAGUGUUUAUUACAGGCACAAAUCACAGAUGCAACGAUUCUCUCUCUUGUAACCAAAGUGCUUUUCAGACGUCUCUACACUAUUGUGUAAUGUCCAUUCAUAGAAAUCUUAUCAAAAGACAAUAAAUGUAUUUUAUACUAAAA